AUGGCAACAAUUGACUUUGAAAAAUAUGGCGACAGUGUAUAUCAGUGGUGUAAUGACCUAACAUUCCUGGAGUGCCGCACCAAAGAACAAAUUGUUUCUCUGAUAAACAAUUGCAAACUCAAACCGGGCCAUUUCAAACAACUAAUGACAAAUUUGACAAACUUUUUUGACUCGAAUGAUUUGUUCUACAUUAUUAAAACAAGUACAUUUCAAAUGGACUUGAACUAUGACUCCGCAGUUGAUAUGCUAAUGUUGUUUUGCGAUAUAUUCCAAUCAUCAUUACUCAGUGAUAUAUUAUAUGCCCUCACAAAAUCAGUCCCAACAAAAUAUUCUAAUUCGUCAAGUUUAUAUUUAUAUAGACGUUCUAAUCUCCAAGCACUUAGGAAAUUGAAAACUGAUAACGGAAAAGAUUUUUAUAAGAUAUAUGAUGUUUUUGAAAAGGCUGCGAAUGAAAAUGAUAUAACAACAAUCAAAACAGGUAUCGAAGAAAAGUAUCACGAAGUUGUUUUCGAUGGUCUUAACGGUUUUGUUUGCCCAGGUGAUAAUAUUUUGCUUCAUGCGGCUCAUGAAGGAAACACAAAACUUGUUCAAUUACUUAUUGAAAAUGGUGCAAAUGUUCAAUGUAAAAAUGAUGAUAAUCAAACAAUCCUUCAUUAUUUUGCAAACAUUGGAAAUUUAGAGGGCGUUAAAUUAGCUGUUAAAUAUAUUGAUGUUAACGCAAAGAAUAUAUUAAAUGAAACACCACUCCAUUGUGCAGUUGAAAAUUGCCAUCUCGAAGUUAUAGAAUAUCUUUGCAAAUAUCCUGGCAUUGAUUUGAAUGCCAAAAAUAAAUAUGGAAGAACUUCACUUGCUAAUGCAACAUUCACACACCAAAUGCAGCUAGUGUACCUUCUAAAGAAAUAUGGAUGCAAAAAAUAA